UUGUGCUUAAAGAGAUAAUUCAAUCAAUCCACAUAAAGACACUGUCUCUUCUUCUCUGAUCUGUUGAGCCAAGAAGAAGAGAAGGAAACAACAAUGGCUAAUGAUGGUGGUCAAGUGAGGAGGAACAAACAGGUGAAGCUGAAGGAGUAUGUGAAAGGUUUCCCUAAGGAAUCGGACCUGUACGUGACAUCAGAUAGCACUAUCGAGCUCAGAGUGCCGGAUGGGUCUCCAGAGGGUGCUAUUUUGGUCAAGAAUCUCUACUUGUCUUGCGAUCCUUACAUGCGUAACCGAUUGGGAGAGUCCAAAUAUGCCGAGUCCCCUUCCUAUCUUCUUGACGCUCCCAUAAGUGGAUUUGGGGUGUCCAAGGUUGUGGACUCUAAGCAUCCUAACUUCAAGAUUGAUGACCUUCUUUGGUCCAGCAGAAUUCAAUGGGAGGAGUACAGUGUUAUCACAAAACCUGAAGGUUUCUUCAAAAUCCAGCACACUGAUGUACCCUUGUCUUACUACACUGGGAUUCUUGGUAUGCCUGGAAUUACUGCCUAUUUUGGUUUUCAUGAUAUUUGUUCUCCAAAGAAAGGAGAGUAUGUCUUCAUUUCAGCGGCAUCUGGUGCUGUUGGUCAGCUUGUGGGGCAAUUUGCAAAGCUAACUGGUUGUUAUGUUGUUGGAAGUGCCGGAAGCAAAGAAAAGGUUGAACUCUUAAAGACUAAGUUUGGAUUUGACGAUGCUUUCAAUUAUAAAGAGGUGAACGACUUGGAUGCAACUUUGAAAAGGUUUUUUCCAGAAGGCAUUGACAUUUACUUUGAGAAUGUUGGAGGGAAAAUGCUUGAUGCAGUGCUCCUUAACAUGAGAGUCCACGGUCGGAUUGCUGUAUGUGGAAUGAUCUCUCAGUACAAUCUUGAUCGUCCUGAACCUGUCUACAAUUUGGCAACUGUUAUAUAUAAACGUGUUCGUCUUGCGGGCUUUGUCUCUUUCGAUUUCUUCUCCCGAUACUCGGAGUUGUUAGAUGCAGUGCUGCCUUACAUCAGAGAAAAGAAGAUAAAUUAUUUGGAAGAUGUAGCUGAAGGCCUCGAUAGUGGACCUGCAGCUUUGGUAGGACUUUUCAGUGGACGCAACAUAGGGAAGCAAGUAGUUGCUGUAGCUCAUGAGUGAUUAAUAGGUGGUCAUAUGGUAUUUUAUCUUAUUGUAAUGUUGUGUGAUGCUUAGUGUUGUGCUUUAUAAUGUCUUCCUUUUGCUGUUCUAAAGGCUCUGAACGUGAGAUCAUGCUUCUUGUAUCACACGAAAGAGAAGUAUAAUGAAUAAAUGCAUUGGUUGGUGUUUCUUGUGCA